UCCACAACCUAUCACGAACCUCCACAUCAUCCCGCCGCCCCUUGGCGUGAAGGGAGCCCCGUGCGGUCUUAGAAGCAAGCGUGGCUUCUUGACUUUCUUUGCUUCACCGUUCUUCGACAGUUGGACUCCACUAGCCCAAAAACUCCCUACAGUCUUUUGCUUACCACUGACGUUUUCAUCCCUUGCCCUUUGUUAGCCUGAAGCCGGGUAAAUCAAAGUGUCUCAAGCAAAGCAAGAUAGUGGGAAAACGACGAUGAAGAAGCCCCAAAUCUACUAAAAGUAGUCAAAUCAUUCUUUUGCUUGAACCCUACCUAGAGCACAGCAGCAAUAUGGAGCAUCAAAACCCCACAAAAACUCAAUGCCUAAAUUCAGAUAUCAUCAGCACCCUUCCUCAAAACAUAAUUGAAAAUAAUAUUCUAAGUCGUAUGACACUCCGAGAUGCAGUGAGAACGAGCAUUUUGUCAAAGGAAUGGCGGUAUACUUGGCGGAGCAUGCCUAAACUUGUGUUUACUCGUAAAAUGGUCAAACGACCGUCUAAUCGUUGUUGCACACUCUUGCACAAGUAUAAGCUUGUUAAUGCCAUCUUCAAUGUUUUGUUAUUACACAACGGUCCGACAAUACUAGAGUUCGAAUCUUUGUUUGGUAAAUUUUGUAUAGAUUCUGAGUUUGCCCAGAUAAUAAGUUAUCUUGCAAAGGGAAAUAAGGUGAAAGAACUGAGCUUCGAUAAUGUUGAGGUAUCUGCUCAAAUGUUUCGACAGUUCCUCUCUAAGUGCUCGUUGCUUGAGGAUAUCGUUUUGAUUGCGUGUGAAAAGACUCAAAAAGGCGUCGACUUUGUAGCAGGAGAAAACAAGUUCACAUUUGUUGAUCUUUUACAGUGUGUGCCGUUGAUUGUGUUGUUGCAAAUCUCAAAGUAUUAUAUGAAGUAUUUGUCUGCAGGUGGCAUGCCACGUAAGCUUCCAACUUCACUAGCCCAUCUCGAAUAUCUGUAUUUGGAUCUGUGCAUGGCCGAAAAAGAUGAGAUUUCUUCUGCCCUUUGUAUGAUAAUGAGCUCUCCGUUGUUGAAGAAAAUCCAUUUUGUGAUGUAUGAUAAUGAGGACCCGCCUGUUCAACAAACUCCCACUGAUUUCCUUGAUCCGGAAGACUACCCAGAUAUGAACUUGGAUUAUCUUGAGAUAUUGAUGAUAGAUGACUUUAGUAACUUACCUCUUGAGAUGGAAUUUGUAAAACUUAUCAUGGCCAAGUCACCUGCGCUAGAGGAAGUACAAAUUAAGCUUCGGUGCACUGUUUCCGUUAAUGAAGAACUGAAGAUGGUUAAAGACAUGCUACUACUCCCAUUUCCCCGGGCAUCACCUUAUGCUAAGCUAAUCAUUGAUCGCCCGUAAACUACUUUAUAAAGGCUGUUAUUUUGAUGUAGUUAAUUUCCUUUGUUAGGAUUAAGGAUUGUCAUCGCGGAAUCCUUUUAUGCACUAUUUUGUAUUUGUAAAUUCUCAUGUUGUGUGUUCCUUUUCUCUAAAUGAUAAAUAGGGUUAUAUUUUUUCCUCCUGA